AUGAAAAUGUUUGAAAGCAUUGACUCUGCAACCACAAGAUCUGGCCCAGAUCUUUGGGCUGAAAUCUGUUCCUGCCUGCCACAUCCUGACCAAGACGACAGUGCCAGUAAUGCCUUCUCAGACUCCUUUAUGGAUUCUUACCCUGCAGGCACAGGCCAGAGGGAGGCCCCACACUUCGCAGCACAGCCAGCUGUAAAGCCUUGGGCUCCCUUGCAGGAUUCAGAAGUGUAUUUAGCAUCUUUAGAGAAGAAACUGAGAAGAAUCAAAGGUUUAAAUCAGGAAGUGACUUCCAAGGACAUGCUUCGAACCCUGGCCCAAGCAAAGAAGGAAUGCUGGGACCGGUUCCUCCAGGAGAAGUUAGCAUCUGAGUUCUUUGUGGAUGGACUUGAUUCUGAUGAGAGCACCUUGGAACAUUUCAAGAGGUGGCUCCAGCCAGAUAAGGUAGCCAUCAGUACAGAGGAGAUCCAGUAUCUGAUUCCUCCAGAGUCACAGGUUGAGAAGCCAGCGCCGGGGGAUGAGCCAACAGCAGCAGAACAAUAA